AGUUAUCCUAAAACAAAGCGGAAGGACAGUCCUCUUUCCUCGUUAGAUAACUCGGAUUUCAAUCGAUCGUAUUUAUCUGUCACUAAGAACUACCGUGCCGCCAUAACACCCGUAAUCACAGUGCCUCCUCCUGCUAAAGAUUACUCAGACAAAUUUACGGCUAAGUGGGAUAACGAUGCGCAGAAAAAAGCAGCUCACCUGUCAAUUAUUUCCAACAACUCCAAACUGAAAUCGCUGGUAUUAAAAGAAAGGCCACUCCCCGACACGAAAGUAUACUCCACAGCUGUAAUAGCUGCAAAAACGUAAGGCCCGUGCGUGGCAGGUCGUCUUGCCUCAUGUUUCUCGACGCAUUUGUCGACUGUUCUGUCCGUCUGUGUAAAAGUGAACUGUUUGUUCAUGAAAAUAUUCUAUUGUACUCGCCCCAACUGACUGCUCCGUUUGUAUGGUGUAUGGUUCACUCAUCUCGAAUAAGAAUAAUUAACUAACCGCCAAAAGUCUGCGCGACCAAACGAGCAAGUUCGCCAGUCAAAGCAGCUGCUGAGCAGGGCAGGCGCACGGUUGUUAGAACAGGUCUCAACAAACCACAGGGACUGUCGUAGUAAGGCGCCUGCUUUGUUCUCUGUCCUGCAGCCUCCAACAGCUCUGAGAGCCAUAACAAAUAACAGGGCAGUGACGGCGGGGUCAGUGGCCUGUUUGCUGUGGACACUCCAUCGGCCGUUGGCGAACAGCGCACGCUCAGCUGGUCGUCAGCUGCUACUCCGUCACCGAAACGAGGGUGAAGUCAACAUCCUUCUGCGCGGAACAGCUUAUCGGGUAUAAUCAUAGCUAGCCGUAACUGAAACAGUGGAGUCAAUAGCCUAUUGGGUAAAAUGGACGAUAAACAGUGAUCGAAAGCCGCAGAAGCCUGUCAACGUUCAAAUCAGUAGGAAUAUACGUCGUCAGCGGGACGCGCAGACGCUAACGAAAGUCUCAUUUGCCCCCACAGCAAAAAGACACUGUACAGUCAAGAGCAGAUUGAUGUUGCUGUUGUUGGUGUUGCGCGAAUUGAAUGAAACUGAACUACGCUGGAUCAGAUCACUAAAUCCAAGUAUCGAAAAUAAAAAUACGUUAGUUAGUGCGGUGCUACUGAAGGACAUAAUUGACCUAGUUGUCCAUAGUCUUUGCCUUAGUAUUCUACCGACCUUCUGUGUCCACUUCUGUGCAAAUAAAGUAUGGUACUUCGUUGGCCGGUUCGUCAGUAGAACAACGUCGAAUAAGAUCGAAAAUGAGAUAAAUAAGUCUCUCCCUGUUAAAAAUCUGUGACUCUUACUGACCGUUAAUGCUGCGGCAUGCUACGAAAGGAAGUUGUUAUCCGUGGCCGAAAAGCCGUCAAAACAAAGGGAUAAUCGACUGGACAACCAUCCAACCGCAAGCAAAAUCAACUCUUCGUCAUUUUCCUGCCAUAUUUCAACGGGUAGACCAGUGGCUGUGGUUUUCUCUAGCUUUUGUCUUUCUGGCGCAAAAAAUACACCUCAUUCUAAGACGAGCAAAGCAAGAGUCACUGAAUGGGAGGGCAAGCUAACGACUCAAAGCAGCAGCGAGCGUCAGCUGUUAAUGCGAACAUGAAUGCUGGCGUAGUCCCAGCGGCAUCCGCGGCCUAGCUACAGCAUCAAGGUGACUGUGAGGCCUGAGAUGCUGUAGGCUUGAGCCACUAUACGUACAAAUAACAUCGACCACAACUUCGGCUAAUUUCGGUUCUUUUUCGUUCAUCCCACUAUUCAUUCAUAUAUUCAAAGUUUCCACUGUGGAAACGAUCGCUAGAAAUAGUUGACAUACGUGAAUAUGCGGACUACUCAGCUUUGCUCGUCGAUACGGGUAUAAAUCUAGCAGAAAUAUAACAGUGGCAGCCGUUCGUGGGCGUGUACGACAGUUCGGUCUCGAAGAAGCUGCUCAAGCGGCAAUAACGCUAAUGGAAAAAAGAGAAUUAGGAAAAGCGAGACAGGACCGUGUUUCGAGGGGAACAGUCACUCCCUCUUUCGUUAUUAGCUCCAAGCGGUUGGUAAUUAUUAGCUACGUUCUGUUGUGUUAGAUUGGUGGCUUUCAGCACGCGGACAGCGUUCGACGGACAAAUACACGGUCGAAUAGACAUACGUUUGGAGAACAAACUCAAGCAACAAUGAACGACGGUCUCGACAUAUCUGACUGAUCCAUCGAUCGCUUUCUUUAUCAGCCAGCUUGUGUAUUAAAUGUCGAUUCUUUAAUGAACUUGUUAUUGUUGGCUUCCAUCUCGUCUCCGCCGCUGCCUCUGGCGCCACCGUUACCGCCGCCGCUUCUCUACUGAUGGUCGCGCUGGGCGUUCCCUUUCCCGCGCGUCGCUGGCGUCAUCGGCGUCUGCCCGUCGCCCGUUCUCCGUUGCUGCUAGCCCUGUAACAAUAUCAUCUGCGUCUGCGACGAUGGCGAAGUGGUUGAUGGCGGCUGCUACGAAUUCGAUUUUUGCCACGGCCGCCUUUCGUCGUCAGCUAUUCGCGGCCGUUUCCAGCGAUGUCAACAGCAGCAGCAGCAGCAGCAACAACAACGAUACCAACAACACCGAUAAUAAUAACAACAACAACAAUAACAACAACUAGCAACGAGGCCAAAACGGUUAUCGCGACUACCUUGGAUUCUUAGCUUUAUUUACGAAUGACAGCAGGAAGAAGCAGGCCAGUGGAAGAUCGUUCGAGUUUUAACACCCCAGCAGCAGCCGUGACGCGACGGACGUGACCGACAGCUGCAACGACAACUAGAAAGACCACAGCAGCAGAUGCUGGCGCAUCAAACAAAUCGCAGCUCAGUAGCAGAAUCAUUGCCACCAUCACCCGCUCAAUAGUCGUAACAAUAAUAACAAAUCGAAUAAUAAUAAUAAUAAUAAUGCGAAUAAUAAUGAUACCAAGAGUGCACAACAUAGCAAUAACAUCGUGUUACUGUUACUGACGAUUCGGUGCAAUGCAGUGACCUGGGGUUAACGUUCCCCAAUCUUGUGCUACUACAGCGACGAACACUAUCACUUCGACUAACGGACGUUCACUGCAAUUGCUAGCAAUAAUAAACAGCGGUUAAUCAGCCAGCGUAUUUAGCAGAUGCGAAUACGAUCAUCGUCUCUCCGUGUUUAUCUUGGUCGUCGUCGUCGACGACGACGACGUCGUCAUUGUCGUCGGUAUUAGAAAAGACGAUUGAGGGUUGUAAACCGAACGACUUAUCAUUCUCUAUUGUUUAUACCGCUGCCAGUACCCAUUCAGCGACUAGAACUGCAACUUGUACAGCUGUUGCUAUGAAAAACGAUUUCUAGAAACCCGCGCCACCGCUGUAGCAGCCGUCGACAGCGGUAGACGCGGCGUCAACACAGAAACAGCAGCUGUAGCGCGCACCCCUGGCCACGAGAAGGCAGGCGGCAGAAGAGACCUUCGUUGUGAACGAGUAGGACAGUAACUUCAUCGUGUUAAUAUCGAUAUGGAAAUUUUCGAAUGGUAGAUCACUGACGUGUUUGUGUGUAUGUGAAAAGGAACGAAAAAUUCAAAUUAAAUAGGAGGGGUAAGGAGAUUCAUUUAGCCGGAACGUUCUGUAGCCGGAAGCGUCUUGCUGUAGUCGAAGACGAACAAGUCUACAGUUGUUGCCACUGUGGUCUGCUCUCCAGUUCGUAGACGAAAGGCGUUUGGAAUCGGGGCCGGUGAUAGAAGCAGUUGAACGUACGGUCUAGUCAGACACCGAUGAUCUCGGUGCGUUGGCAUGGCCGCGGAUCAGCCCAUCUGAUUAGAACGUUCGCAUUAAAGUGGUGCUAUUUGAACUGCAGCUGUGGCCAAAUUGUGUUGCCGAUGCUGGCUUACCCGUCACGGUAUAGAUAGGCCCCUAGUGAUGAUGGUGACUAACCGCUGGUGGUUGGCUUUCGAGCUCGAACUCGAGUGGUUAUUGAGGUUAAUGCAGUCGCAGACGUCACAGCGAUCCCCACGAGUUAACAGAUCCAUGCAAAUAUAUACAAUUUCUAUUCUUUACUUAGCAUUCUCAAUCGAUAGAGAAGUCCGCGCUCAGUGUGUAAACAACAAACGUGGAUACGUGCCCGACUAACUCCGACUAAUGCUAAUAAUCCAACUGCGUAGCUCACGAAAUAACUAUAACACAUACUGGCCCUUGUAUGCAAACUAAUAACCAGCAAUGAACUACGCUCAGCAACUGAUCUUGCUGUUUGAUGACUCGCAAAGCUUCGAUAACAAUCCCUUUUUCCUACUGGAUCACCUGGCAGCACCACCAGCGGAGUCGAACUUCGACCCUGCGCUUCAACGCCUCUGCUCAUUUGCCGGAAGCUUUUCCACAAAAUAGACUUCGCUCUACUCAGUGCAAUUGUCAUCUUCUCAGUGCUCUAGCAUCCUUCCAGUGCUUACAUCUCUAUACGUCGCUUUGAACGUCCUUCACGCGUGCUCAUCGUCAUUUGUUUUCUAGCCUCCGCUAAAUGCUACCAAGGUGAAACGACGACGACGACGACAACGACGACGACGACUCCAGCAAGUGGCAAUUCGCCUUUAUCACCUGUUCCUUUCUGGCAGUAUCUGAUUCUCAGCCUAUCCUCAGUAUUAUCCGAUAAUAGCUGUCUCGCAAGCAGCUACCUCUGCCCGUCCGCCUCCGUAUCAUUGUCAUCAUCUGGGCUACAUUAGGCAGGAUUUCAGCACGAGCAGCAGCAGUAUUAUUGUCGUGCGGACGGCAGCCGCAUAACGUUACUGUGGCCGUAACCGGCCUUGUCAGGACGACACUGCUUAUUUCAGUAUUGGCUCGGCCACUGUUUAGGCCGGUAUUUGCGAUCAGCUUCUUCAGCACUCUCGAUGCGGAACGGGCUAUUCGACACAACUGAGUGAAGGGCAGUAACGUGGCGAUUUUAUCAGCGGAGACAGACGGUGGAAACUGGCGCUAGCUGAGUGCCACGAGUGAACCCCGUCAUGGGGUUAGUUAGCAGUGGACACAUCGGCAGGGGGUAUAGCAACGACGUUGACCACACCGGUAAUGUCAUCUUGGCCAAAGUAACAGAACUGAGAGUAACAGCGUCAGCAGGACAUGCAGCUAACCGUCGUACUUGACGAUUUCUCCGAUAAACUUCACAAGUUAACAUAGGAAGAGUGGCUGCUUCACACACUUGAAUAUAAUUAGUAGCAUUUAUGCUUGAUAGACAACAGUGAAGCUGACGAAAAACCAGAAAAAACAAGUAAUAAAACAGGAGGCGAAGAGCAAGAAGGAAAAGACAGAAAGGGUCAAGGUCCAGUCACACAGUUUGCAACACGACUAGGCUAGGGGCAAAAGCGAGGCAUUUUAUACGUACUGUUUCUAUUUGUGCCUUGCUUUUCCUCAGAAUAAAAUUCCGAAUUUCAAUCAAAAUCGUUCGCUUAAGAAUCAAUCUCUAUAGGUGUUUUGUUGUCUAUUAUAGUACCGAUCUGCGAUGAUUCGUCGGAAAACUUUGUAUUGCGAGUGCUACAUAACGUAAAGGGACGACACGGCCACGGCCAAGGUCAAGGCCAACCAAUUCGAUUGAGUCGCUUGCACUCAAUAUCGAAACAGAGCGGAUAAAAACGAGGCAGAAGGAUGAGAGCAAGCGACGCUGUACAUUGGAGUCAAGCCUCCACUAUUCGAGCUACGUGAAGCAACUGUGGCAGCCAUUUUAGCCUAAUCCUGAUAAAACAGGGUGCCGACGGUAAAAAUAACAAUAACUAUGUUAGCAAACUAGCUACCACAAGAACGGCUAUCUACUAUACGAGUAUCAGGUCAUAAUAGUUAACGGUUACACUUCUUUCAAUCCAAGAAGAAUCGUUAUAGCUUAGAGACGAAAAACUCACGUCGAAUGCUGGUUAUGGCGACGCGCGGGCUUUGUGAUUUCUUAAGUGUCUUUGCGUGUAAAAAACACAUCGGCGUCCAUGUGCUUAUCGUUGACUAAGUUGGAUCUGCAGCAUGCAGCUUCUAUCUAUUUUAUAAGUUACCUCAAGAUACACUAGAAUAUACCGGGCCAAGUGCCAAUGUUAACAAACAACUGCGUCUGCGCGCAUGGCGGUCUUUAGCGACUAAUCCAUGUUGAAGAGUGUAUUGCAGGGUUGAUAUAUCUCAUUGUUGUCGUCCGUGCAUGAUCGUUAAUCAUAUACAACUGCAAAUCAAGACGGAGACAGACUGGUACUUACAGUUAAACGUUAAAAGGCGACGCUAUUGAAAUUCGUUCGACGAAGCAUAGUAAUCUUACCUGUCAGCUACUGUUGUCGCAAGGCGUCAUCACAAAGGGGACCAACGACCGCCGUUCGAAUCGCUGGCAUCAACGAAAGGAUAGUAGCAAACCCGACGCUUCCGCCUGUUCUAGCGGUCGUGUCGCGGCUGAGCUUCGUAGAAAAGCACUUUCUCUUUGUGGAGAAUGAUCGACAUCCGGACCGUCACCAGUCGAAAGGUAGCUUGCCAGCGCAGCGGCGAACGACCCCAUUUUCGACGAUUUCCCUAACUCAAUAUCAACAGCGUGUCCAGCAGCAGACGUGUGCCUUCUGCUAACACCGUAUCGUCAUCAUUAAUCAGUGCAGUUGUAUUGAUUGCACAAUCAAUCAUUUGGCCAUUUCGCUGGCUCAGCGACACGAUUUUCCGUUGCCCACUCCGAAAAAGUUCUGCCGACAAAUCUCUCAAACAGCCCCAAUACAACGGCUCAAAGCUUCCUGACCGUCCACUGCUGGAGAUUCAUUUGCAGAAAUAACACGAAAAAAAAGGAGAAAUACAGAAGGCUAAAGGCGAAACAGAGCGUGAUUGUGUUACGUGCGUUGGAAAAAAGAUUUACAAUCAAUAAUAAUAAUAGUACUAAUAAAAUUAUAUUAGUUACUGAAAAAUGUUAUCGAUAGAAGAUAGCCGCAACAACAACUACAAAACAAUAAUGGCAUGUACAGCAUUAACUAAAAACAAUAAAGUUGCGCUUGCGCGAAAAAAAAAAUAAAUAGUAAGCUUGAACUCUAAGUAAUUAAAGGUUAGGUCGAAGAAAGCAGUUAAACCUCUAUGACCACAAUGCCAACGGGAUUUGCUGGUGGAAGAAAAAGGAGAUACAAAUCUUUGCUGCGGUCAACACCCAAUUUCAUUGAAGGGCCUUUCCAACAUCCUUCUCGUCGCCGUCACCUUCGCCAUCGCGGAUACGUGGUCCUUAAUGGGGGCGAAAGCGUCAACAAGUGCCGAUCCGCCUGUGGCAGCCGAACCUGCCACGCCGUCGCGGGAGUCCCAUAGCUCCCAUGGAAGUGGUUCUCACCAGCAACCCCACCAUGUUCAGCAACAGACCUCAUCGCAUCAGCACUCGGGAGCUAGUGAUGGCUCCGGGGGACAUGGAGGCGCUCCUCGAUCGCCCCAGUCGCCUCAGCCACGCGAUGGCAGCUCGGUCGGAGGUCCGGCAGGUCUGGCGGCGAUUUUGGCUGAUCUCGGACGACGAGCGUCUCUCGAUAGCUCGACGAGCAGCUCGGCUGGCCGGCGAGCACGAAGCCUAAGUGGACUCGUCGUUGGAAGCGGGAGCGGGACCAAUGGAAGUUCGACGGGAGGUGGCUCAACGACACACCCACUUGAAACUCCCACAUCCGCCCACGAAACUACACCUCUCGCCGAUUCCGCCCAGAGCCUCCCGUUACAUUUCAUGUCGUUCAAUGGGAUCCGAUGUCCCGUGUGCUCCCGAGUGGUGUUACCUCACGACUGUGAACUUCAUCUCGUCCUCUGUCUUACAAAGCCAUCGCUAGCAUAUAAUGAGGAACUCUUAACUGAAGCUCGACCCGAUUCCGAAUGUGUCAUCUGCCUUGAGGAGUUUGCUGCUGGCCAAACCAUCGCCCGAUUACCGUGUCUAUGUAUCUAUCACAAAAGUUGCAUCGACGCAUGGUUUCGCGUCAACCGGUCGUGCCCUGAACAUCCGAGCGACUGACCGCUGCCACGUGCUGAAAGAUGCUGGGACCAAGGCUUCGAAAUUGGUAUUAGUCGUUGCACCAUCACCGCCGCGUGUGCCGUUGCGGAUCAGAUAAGGCCUUGGAGCAUAUUUCCAGCCGUCUCGUUGUACCGAAUUCGACUACGAAGGACCAUGAAAGGGCUGGCAUCAUUAUGAAGUUUUGUUCGAUUGUCUAAACGCAACUCAUUAGAAAGGAGGACGCCGUGGGCGAUGUCACCAUCUGGUAUCAACCCCGAUCGGAAAAGCUGAGAGGAGCUCCCCAAUUCUGCGACGGUCCAGAGAGCAAGUGGCAGCCUUAGAAUAGAGAAAUUUUCACCACCAAUCCUCGCAAUAGUACCGAUGCUUCCAGAGUAGACAUGAGAAUAAGUUCAAGCAGGCGACGUCGAUAGUUCUGCCGUGAAGGACCAGCCGAGCGCAACAUAUAGACCGGGGUCGCUACGUAUUCGUGGUGACGAAUCAGCGCGACCAUUGCUACGAUUGUGACACAUGUCUUAUUACUACUUGAAUGUACACUGUCCUUCUAGAAUGUGGCAAUUUAUAUACGUGACGGCAAGCGACGCUUUAAAAGAAAAUGCUACAUUUCAGGUGUGACUGAGCGGAACGGAAUAUAUAUAUAUAUAUAUAUAUAUAUGUAUAUGUAGGCAAAAAGGGAGCGAGGGAGGAUGCAAGCGAGGAGGAAACUCUGUAAAGGCAAAGAGCUCUAUGAUGCCAGACUUUAUCAAAACUGAUGUCCAUAGGCAUCGUAUCUAUAAGGGGAGAGUAUGGACGUAACUGAAGCAGAAAACUAAUCCGUUGUAGGCGGUGAGACCAGGUCGAUAAGCCCGUCAUGGCUGACGCCAAAAAAAGUCCUUACAAUGGAUGACCAUUGUUAGCUAUAGAUGAGAUAUUAACUACGAAUGUUCAAAAAUAGAUGAAAGAUGUUACAAAUCGGUUAUAUGAACUAGAUGUAUAUUUCACACAAAGCUUCCUAGACAAACUCUCUAGGCAGACUCAAGGUCGGAGAUAAUAUACAAAAGGACCGAAUGCAUCAGUCGAAUACAGUAGUAGAAGAACUCGAUGACGACCGUGAUGAUUUUCUUCAUCGAUCUGCGCCGCUGUGGGAUGUCUGCGUCGAGAGACGCAUGCGAGAUACAAUAUAGAAACACAACGCGACCACCGAAUCUAUGCGAAUCUAUGUGGGUCCGCUUAUUGACUGCGCGAGCAUGGAUCUCAUCAAAUGUUGCCCGUGAAACCCGGCACAUGUUGAGCAUCGAACAUGUGACGGCUACUAAGGAAAUUAGUGGCACAGAAAGUCCAACUAAUUAAGAACGGAAGUGAGAAAACGGUCGGAGGACUGCCAGCGGGAACGGAUCGAAGGGUGAUGAAAGAUACUUCGGAGAAUAACGCAGACCAAUAUGCUAUUAGAUAAAAGAUAAAAUAUAAGGCAAAGUUACGCAACAGUGGACGGAAGCUAACACAUGGUAUGACGAGGAUAAUAACAGGACUAGGAAUGUCACUGGCUGACACACUUUUUUUUUGUCUGCGAGGCACACACAUGUACACCGAAUGAACGCUCACGGACCUAUGCCAAUAUGUGGGUUGUUGCUUCGAAUCAGUAUGUUAUCGAUAGUGCAGCGUGAACAUUAACGUGUAGCAAUUUGAAGAUGGCUGUUUAAAGCAGACUUUAUGCUGAAACGCUGUGUGCAAGCCGUAUCGAGGUGAAGACAGACGACAAAAACUUCACGAUAACGAUAAAUGCGCAAUAUGUGUUUGAAAGAUAUGUUGUCGUUACAUAGAAUAUAGCAAUUAGCGGACCGCUAAAGAAAAACGAAGUGAUGACCGUUGAUGAAAUAACAUCGUGACAGCGCGCAAAUGUUGUAUGUGCGUUAAUAUUAAGCAGCUGAGGUUCACUUUUUGCCUUCCGUAUUCUCAGCCCACUGACAUAUUACGACCAUUUUGAAGUAGAUGCUGAUAAAAUGGUCAAUAAUGAGUUCGCGAAAACUACAACGGGUCUAUAUAGCUUACGUCGUUGCAUGUUCCUCCAUUGGAGCACUUGGUUCUGUGUAAAUCUAACAGAGCUUCAGUGUGUUUCUGAUCUAGGAUUCUAGCUAGCCAUUUCCCGGCAGGCGAUAGCGAAUAGGUCUUCCUAUUCCAUGUCGAAUACGCUUGAAUAGGGAAGUGAUUUCUGUGCUUGAGCCGCAUAUAAAGACCGCAAUAACAAAAACGUAGUGGGUUGUCGCCUAGGCGCAGAGUGCAGGUCCAGUAACAAAAGAGACACUUCGUCCGAACGCAGCUGUUUACCCUAAAUAUGCAAAUUUUUUUCCCAGGAUCCUCAGAGAUAUGUAGAAUCAGUUGCGGGCGUAGAUCGUAACACCGAGAAUCUUAUUUCAUUUAUUAGUCUCAGCCGAAAAAUCAAUAAUGAUCAGGCAUCGUGCAAAACCCUCUUGGGUCAUGUACCUUAACCUACUCUGCGUUAUACGCCUACAGCAUCAGCGGAAAGAAAGCUAGGAUUGAAUAGAACGAAAAAGACGACAAAUGAAUCUGACUACAAGGUGGAGCGUACCAUAACAAGAUAUGUGAUUUCUUAUGUUUAGGUGACAUCGAAAAUCACACAGGACCAUCAGGCCACAAGGGCGAGCAGCGACGGCGAGGCAUGAAAUAGACCCGUUUCUUAAGUACAAAAAAAAUAGCCUACUCGCCCUGAAACAAGCAAAAAAAUAGCAGCCUCUGAAUAAAUUCAUGAUUAUAGUGAUGAUGGCAAUGAUACUGACAAAGAGCGGUAAAUGUCCAAUCCGACUAGUGGCGAUGUUUGAAGGAGUUUUUCAUUCUGAAGGACCCAAGCAUAACAGAGCUGAUCAAGUGCUGAGAGAGACAACAGAUGUAACUACGGCGAUUCAUAGAAUUAACACGGUAGAGGUAAGAUUAUAGCACUGUUGCCUUACAGUGUCAUGUGAGAUAUAUUUCACAGAUGGGCCUACUGCCUUUCGGUUCUGAUUCGUUCGGUGACUGAAAAUCACGAUUAAUUGAAAAUCAAACGAUUCCUCGACACCGAGUGAAUCGGGCUUAUCGUUGCUUCAGCCGGUAGCCUAAAUAACGGAUUUUGAAAUUUGCGCGCGCAAACAUUUUAAGUAUAUCUGUAUAUAUAUAUAUGAUAGAUGCGAAGUUAGAAUGCAGUAAAAAACAUAUGCGAGACAGACACUUGCUCUUUCAUGCGUGUUCCACCUGAGUUUCACGUUCGCUUGAAGGUGCAGACGAGUACUGCGUGAUAACUUACGAGAGGGUGAUUUUAUGGAAAGCAGAUAUUUUCGUUUAGUGUUGUCUAACAGAAAUGAUCAAAAUUCAUGAAAAAUCAAUAACCAGUGAACGAUAUGUGCGGCGACGACCAUGGGUGACCAUGUAUCAUAUUCAUAUGAUUUCGUUGAUACACUUGUUAAAUGUUAUGUAUAUAUCAAUAUAUAUACACCGAUUUUUCUUAUGGUUAGACUUAGCGUCGGCUCAGAUCAGGCUGUUGUUGCCGUCUUAGUUCGGUGUUAUAUUUUCUCGAUUCUAGAUUGCUUACUAGCGAGAUACGAAGCGCACACAUUUGAAACUCUGGCUCGCCGAACUACUAUCUCGAAACAGCCGUUUCCUCUGUCAGCGUCUUGUCCACUUCGAUUCAUCUGAAGCUAUUAGGGUGUCAGCAAGACGUCGUUCAUUAUCCCUAUUUCCAAACAGGUUAUUAAACGCACGACGUUUUACUAUUGACACAAUUACGGAAAGUAUCUACCAAAUGUUAUCACAACGUCCCUUGCUUCUAUAAGCGUAUGUGGACCUCUGGAACACAAAAAAAAAAAGCAGACGGAGCUGUUU